AUGCCUGCGUUUUUUGCCAGAAAAAGGUUUUGUCACACAUGUAAGAAAGGAUACGAUAAGUUACAAGAUCAUUUAUGCGGGGAUACUUGUAAAUUGUGCUAUUCUCAAAAUUGUCCGAUUGUUUCAUGGGUUCGGUGUAACGAUUGUAAUCGUUAUUUCAAAAGUCUGGAAUGUCUUCAUAAACAUAAACAAAGUAUAGGGAAUGCAAAAACCAUUUGCGAUUCAUUGGUUAAGUGUUGUAGCUGUCAGGCGGUAAUUAAACGAAGCAAAAUAAGACCCGAACUGCAUAACUGCGGACUUGUUCGUUGUGUCGUGUGCCAAAAAUACGUGGACGGUGAGAACCAUUUGUGCUACAUGCAAGCCGACAGGGCAAAAACCUCUCGAACGGUGGAUUCUGAGUCUGGCGAACAUUUAGACAAUGAGGCCCACGAAGAUAACGAACCCAGCGAAGAUAACCAACCCAGCGAAAAUGAUAGUGCUUACAAUCAACUGCUAUUUUUCGAUUUUGAGUGUACCCAAGAAAGUGGCACGCAUGCUCCAAAUCUUUGCGUAGUACAUGAUGAAUUAGGUAAUGAAAACAUCUUUCGGGGAGAACGUACAAAAGAAGAUUUUUGCGAAUGGUUAUUUCGGAAGGAGAACGCUGGCAGUAUUGUGAUAGCUCAUAACUUUCAAGGCUAUGACGGCUAUUUUGUAUUGAAAUACUUACAUAAACAAGGAAUUGUUCCUAGUGUUAUUUUACGUGGAGCCAAACUUCUUACAAUUAACGUGCCAAUGUUUAAUAUUAAGUUUAUUGACUCCUUAUGUUUUAUUCCGAUGAAACUUGCUAACUUUCCAAAAACGUUCGGAAUGACUGAACUUGCAAAGGGUUAUUUUCCUCAUCUUUUCAACACUGCCGAGAAUCAAACGUAUGUUGGGCCUAUACCACCAAGUGCAUUUUAUUAUCCUGAUGGCAUGACUCCGAGUGAGAAAGAAAAGUUUUUAAGUUGGCACGGUAAUCUACAAGAAAACAAUUAUGUUUUUAACUUCCAAGACGAAAUUUUAAAAUAUUGUCGUUCAGACGUUGACAUUUUGCGACGUUGUUGCAUGGAUUUUCGAGAGAUGUUUCGUGAUGUAACCGGUAUCGAUCCUUUCGAAAAGUGUUUGACUAUUGCUUCUGCCUGUAAUUUGGUUUUUAGAAGAAAAUUUCUUCGCGAGGACACGAUUGCUAUUAUACCCCCAAACGGUUACAGACCACGAGACAAGCAUUCCAUUCUUGCGCUUAAGUGGCUAUCGUACACGGCUGAACAAGAAAAUAUAGUUAUACAACAUGCUCGAAAUGCAGGAGAGAAACGAAUUGGAACAUAUAGACUAGAUGGUUUUGAUGAAGAUUCCAACACUGCUUAUGAAGUGCAAGGUUGUUUCUGGCACGGCUGCACAAAAUGCUAUUCACGCGAAACGGUAAACUCCGUUAACGGUAGAACAAUGCACGAAUUGCAUCAAGCCACUUCAGAGAAAAUAACCUAUCUAAAAUCGCAAGGAUUGAAUGUUGUUGAAGUUUGGGAGUGCGAAAUUAAUCGACAGCUUGAAAGCAACCCCGAGAUGAAAGUGUACUUUAAUAAUUAUGAUGUUGUUGACCCACUUGAACCCCGAGAGGCUUUUUACGGAGGACGUACCAACGCUGCCAAAUUAUUUCACGAAUGUCAAGGCGCAGAAAAAAUAAACUAUAUAGACUUCACUAGUCUCUAUCCAUUUUGCAAUAAAAAUACUCCUGCAGUCGUAGGACAUCCCAAAAUUAUAACCGAAAACUUUCAAGACGUCUCUUCAUACUUUGGGUUAAUUAAAUGCAGUGUCCUUCCACCGCGUGGGUUGUUUCAUCCCGUUCUGCCUUAUCGUACUCAGGGGAAGCUCAUGUUUCCUCUAUGCAAAGCUUGUGCAGAUACCUGUAAUCAGGGCAAUUGCAAUCACAGCGAUGCAGAAAGAUCAAUUCAAGGAACGUGGGUUAGCGUUGAGCUGCAGAAAGCAAUCGAAAAGGGUUAUCGUGUUUUACGAGUACACGAAGUUUGGCACUUUGAAAAUCAGUCAAGUGAAUUAUUUAAAGAUUAUGUGGACACUUUCCUCAAGAUUAAACAGGAGUCCAGUGGAUACCCUUCGGAAUGUCAAACAGAAGAGGAGAAGCAACGAUAUAUUCAACAGUAUUUUGAACAUGAGGGAAUUCAUUUGGACCCGAGCAAGAUUGAACGCAAUCCCGGUUUACGUGCAUUGGCUAAACUUAUGUUAAAUUCGUUCUGGGGUAAAUUUGCGCAACGACCAAACAUGACGAAAGUGGAGCUUAUAUCCGACCCAAAGGUUUAUUUCGAUUACUUAUCAUCAGAUGGCAUUAACGUUUUGGAUGUAAAUUUAGUAAGCGAUAACGUCGUGGAGUUACACUAUGAGCUUGAUGAGAACUUGGUUGAGCCCAGUGCAAAGACAAAUGUUGUAAUUGCUGCGUUUACCACCGCCUAUGCACGACUGAAACUCUACGGCGUGUUGGAUAUGUUACAAGAACGUGUGUUAUACUAUGAUACAGAUUCUGUUAUUUAUUUAUCAAAACCCGGUGAAACGGAACAACCCACAGGGAAUUACUUCGAUGAUUUGACAAACGAAAUUGAACACGGUGAUCACAUAACGACCUUUAUCUCAGGGGGGCCAAAGAACUAUUGCUACAAAACGUUCAACGGAAAGAUUGAGACGAAAGUGCGUGGUAUUACCUUGAAUUGUACCGCAUUGAAAAAGGUUAAUUUUAAUGUUAUUCGUUCCCUGGUUUACCUUGGAGCAGAGUGUAAUAUCAAAGGACGUGUCUCUGUAGAUAUUCCUUUCAAAAUUAUUAGAGAUAAACACUCUAAGGACAUCGUUACAAAGAGACAAAAGAAAGAUUAUCAAAUUGUGUAUAAUAAACGAGUACUUAUCAAUGGAUAUAACACAGUACCUUAUGGCUUUUGA